CGGAGGGGAAAUGGCUGCCGAAAACAAGCCGGAAGGCCUGAAGAAAAUACGUAAUCCGGAUCGAAUGUACAGAACCGCCGUCGGUUACACUGGCCACGUUCCUCCUAAGAGUGUCAGCGAUGACACAGACAACAACAAUGAACAUGGACAUUUGAAAAUCUAUCUGCCCAAGAAGCUUCUGGAAUGCCUUCCCAAAUGCUCCUCCCUGCCCAAGGAGAGACAUCGCUGGAACACAAACGAGGAGAUUGCGGCCUACUUGAUAACGUUUGAAAAACAUGAAGAGUGGCUGACGACAUCACCCAAAACCAGGCCGCAGAAUGGGUCUAUGAUACUCUACAACAGGAAGAAGGUGAAGUACAGAAAAGAUGGCUACUGCUGGAAGAAAAGGAAAGAUGGCAAAACCACUCGGGAGGAUCACAUGAAACUCAAAGUGCAGGGAGUGGAGUGUCUAUACGGCUGCUAUGUCCACUCCUCCAUCAUUCCCACGUUCCACCGGAGAUGUUAUUGGCUGCUUCAGAAUCCUGAUAUUGUGCUCGUCCACUACCUGAACGUGCCCGCGAUAGAGGACUGUGGGAAGCCAUGUGGGCCCAUCCUAUGCUCCAUCAACACAGAUAAGAAAGAAUGGGCCAAAUGGACCAAGGAAGAACUCAUUGGGCAGCUUAAACCCAUGUUUCAUGGCAUCAAGUGGACUUGCAGCAAUGGGAAUAGCAGCACUGGCUUCUCAGCAGAGCAGCUCGUACAGCAGAUUCUGGACAGCCACCAGACCAAGCCCCCUCCCCGGACUCACAACUGCCUCUGCACGGGCAACCUGGGUGCUGGGAGCAGCCUACAUCACAAAUGCAACAGUGCCAAACACCGCAUCAUCUCCCCGAAAGUUGACCCGCGUACUGGAGGUGGCUACGGCACCCACUCUGAGGUUCAGAACAACGAUGUGUCCGAGGGCAAGACGGAGCUCAGCCACAGCGGGGGAAAAAAUGGCAGAGCAGGGGGCGACAACCCAGGAGGGACGGGAGGACGCGAGAAAAGGAACGGCAAGGUGCACAAGCCAGUGCUUCUCCACCAGAACAGCAUGGAGGUAUCCUCCACCAAUCAAGUGGAAGUGCCAGAUACCACCCAGAGCUCGCCUGUGUCCAUCAGCAGUGGCCUAAACUCUGACCCUGAUAUGGUCGACAGUCCAGUAGUGACAGGAUUGGGUCAUGUUGCUUCGGUAAUGAGUAGCCUGUCUCAGUCCACCUCUGUUUUCAUGUCCGAAGUCUCUGGAGACCCUGUCUAUAGUAUGUCACCCACUGUAGACCCCAAUGCUCAUCUCUUAGGUCCAGACACCGCAUCAAGCAGUCUGGUUUUGGCGGUGACGGCCGAAAGUCACAAGUUUGCCUUCGCUGGAGCAGUCGGAGUAGGUUUAGCAGACACAGGGUCAACGGAUGGACUCGCUAUGUUGUCGACAGCCAGUGUAUCUGAAGAACUGGUGCUCUCUAGUAACCUGGAAUCUGGAAGUAUCAAGCUGCCUGAGACGAAUAUGAACUUUGACCCUGACUGCUUCCUUAACAACCCCAAGCAAGGUCAAACCUAUGGAGGAAAUGGAAUGAAAAUGGAGGAGAGCAAUGGCAGUAGCUGUAGUAAUGGGGGUAUGCGAUGUUCUCCACCACUCAAUGACAACGGGUACUGUUUCAACGCCGUUCUGGUGAAAAACAUCAAGACCGAGGAUAUGUCGUUUGAGCAACAGUUGGCUUCAGAGGGUGGCUAUCAAGUUGGGGAAGUCAUGGGUGGUGCUGUUGGUAUUUCUGGUUCCUCAAGCAGUGGACCUGCCCAAAACUCCCUGGCUUUGACUCCAACUGGUUCGUUGCUGCCCUCUGGAGGUGGGCUGAGUCCUAGCACCACGCUUGAACAGAUGGAUUUCAGCGCUAUUGACGCCAAGCAAGAAUAUCCAACCAGCGUCAUGUCUGCUGCAGGCUACGGCCAAGCAAUCUCCAGCUCUCACCUGGCCCAUCAAAGCCGCUCCCCGAGUUUCUUCCUCCAAGGUUCUCCGCAGUCCACCCAAACCCAACAGGACAACUCUGGUUCCAACCAGAACUCUCAUGACACUGUGUACAUGGGCUUGUCUGUGGUCAAAACGGACUCAACGGGAACCAGUGGGCAUCUGCACCACCAUCAUCACCACACUGCCUCUAACUGCAAUGGCAGCUCUCCAAGCGAACAGAAUGGACACGCUAGUUCUCUUCAGCUUUUGCAGUACCAGAACCGCUUUCCAGCUCCAGGUCAAGACCAUGAAGAAGUUGGUGCUUUGGAGCAGACGACAGGAGCAGAAUCAGAGAAAGGAAGCCCUCAAGAGAAGGCGAAUGAGAGUUUGCUGAAACCAGGUGACCACUUGCAGCCAAUUGUGGCAGGAGAAACUGACGGUGUUGGGGGCACGGAGCACUACCUCCAACCUCCAGCAGAGGGCAAUGGAGUGGGCCCAGGGAAUGGGCCAACGAGCACGAGGGGGCCGGAAAGUGGAACCCUUUGUAAUGGCGGUGAGGGAAACGGAUCCACAAACAGCCCCCAUCAACAGAUCCAGCCGCUUCUUCAAGGAGCCAGUUUGGUGCAGGGGAUUUUCAGCGGCAUAGGGACACACAGCAGUGGAACCAAUGGAGGAGGCUCCAUGGAAAUCAACCUGGACCAUUUUGAUGUUUCCUUUGGGCAUCAGUUCUCAGAUCUCAUCAAUGAUUUCAUCGCCGUGGAGGGUGGAAGGGGUGCAGCUGUAGUACCGGGUACCAACACGCUGUAUGGUCACCAACUCAUGGCCCAUUCGGGAUCAGAGGGGCAGGUUUCCUCUGGAACCACAUCGCAACAGCUUCCAGAAGAUGGGACCCAUGGGGCAAGGGGGUAUAAUUCGGCAGAGCUCUGCCUCCAGCCCUGUUGCAGUCCGCAGUCCACGCAGACUGGCAAUGUGACGGGCGAGGCAGGGCAGCUGACGUACAUGCAGGUGGCUGAUGCCGUAUCUGCAGUUGUGGUGCAUGGUAACAUGGGAAUGCUGCAGGCCACCGGAAGGCUAUUUGUGAUGACGGAUUAUUCUCCAGAGUGGUCAUAUCCAGAGGGUGGAGUGAAGGUGCUGAUCACCGGUCCAUGGCAGGAGGCCAGCAGUGAAUACACCUGCCUGUUUGAUCAGAUAACAGUUCCAGCCUCUCUCAUCCAGCCUGGUGUACUACGCUGUUACUGUCCAGCUCAUGACACAGGCCUGGUGACUCUGCAGGUGGCAGCCAGCAGUCAAAUCAUCUCCAACUCUGUGGUGUUUGAGUAUAAAGCUCGAGCCCUCCCUGCUCUGCCCUCCUCUCAACACGACUGGCUCUCUCUGGACGAUAACCAGUUCAGAAUGUCCAUCCUGGAACGUUUGGAGCAGAUGGAGAGAAGAAUGGCAGAGAUGGCUGGUCAGCAGCAGCAGGGUGGUGGAGGCACGUCAGAGAGUGGAGGAACCGGAAGUAGUGGAGGAGAAGGAGGAAGAGGCAAUUCCGACCAGGCACAGUUUUCACCAGGUCAGGGCCAGGGUCAGGCGGGCAGCUCCUUUGAGAGCCGCGUGGUUGUAGUUUGCGAGAAAAUGAUGAACCGGUCCUGCUGGGCCAAGUCCAAGCACCUAAUCCAUUGCAAGACGUUCCGGGGCAUGACUUUACUCCACCUGGCAGCCGCCCAGGGUUACACCACCCUUAUCCAAACACUUAUCAAGUGGCGCACAAAGCAUGCAGACAGUAUUGACCUGGAACUGGAGGUGGAUCCUCUAAAUGUUGAUCACUUCUCUUGCACACCACUGAUGUGGGCCUGUGCUUUGGGUCACAUGGAGGCGACGGUGGUUCUGUAUAAAUGGGAUCGUCGAGCUUUGGCCAUCCCCGAUUCUUUGGGUCGUUUACCGCUGGCUAUCGCCCGGUCCCGUGGCCACACCAAGCUUGCUGAGUAUCUGGAAAGUCUUCAGAGGGAAGAGCAGCAGUCAGGAGCUUUGACAACAACUCCCAGCAUGCCUUUCUCUCCAUCUGUUGAGGCAUCAACCGUAGAGGGCUGGAUGAAUGUUUGGGGAACUGAAACGGCUUCAGUUGGACUGAAAGAAAGCAACAUCACCAGUUCUGCUUCAAGCUCCGGCUCAGACUUGAGAAGACCCAGGUCAGAACCGUCCAGUUUUUAUAGCAGUGUUAGUCAUGGUGAUGCCCCAAUGAGUAAGAAACACAAGCCCAACCCUGAGAGCCACCGAACUCUGCUCAGCAAACCCUGUUCUGCCCCACUCGGACUGGAAGAACAUGCCUACAAGUCUAAAACGUGCCCUUCCAAGCCUAGAGAAGGUACUGUGGUCAAAGAGCAGAGAGAUGGGGAGCAUUCUCAGACAAAGCUGGCCUCUUGUGGAGGUGGCCGAUGGAGUUCGAGACAAGCUGCAGGACGUAGAGUGCCAACUGGUAGACUUGGCAAGGAAAGGCUGGCAAACAGGCUGAGAUUAAGAGAAAUGGCUAGCACAGGGACAAUCUCUGAUCUACGGACAAGCCAAGAGGAUUUGGAGAACACUGGAGACCUGCAGAACAUGAACAUGAUGACUUUAGAAGAAGAAGUAAUUGCAGCAACAUCUGAUCACAUCAAGAGGGAAAACUCUGCGUCAGAGUCGGCAGUAGACAGUGUUGGAGUCAGCAACACCAUGAGCUGGAUGGCCAGUUACCUGGGAGAUGCAGAGAGGUUCCUGUUUAAAAAGCCCCUAACUUCCUCUCCUGGCCUGGGUGCCAUUCAUAGUGGAGUACAGCCAGAACUCAAUGGUCCUCUUGGGAAACUCGGCCUCCAGUCCCCUGCAGAAUGGACUGCUCUUCUCAAUGUCUCCCACAGCAAGGAAGAGCGUGACUUGACCAAGCUGGUGCUGUCCGAUCCUGAACAGAGAGAACUGUACGAGGCAGCCCGCCAGGUCCAGAACACCUUCCGCAAGUACAAGGGUCGUCCGCUCCGGGAGCAACAAGAACUGGCAGCUGCUGUCAUUCAGCGUUGUUAUAAGAGGUACAAACAGCUGACAUGGAUAGCCUUGAAGUAUGCACUUUAUAAAAAGAUGACGCUGGCCGCCAUCCUUAUCCAGAGUAAAUUCCGCAGCUACCACGAACAGAAGAAGUUCAAGCAGAGUCGCAGAGCAGCUGUGCUGAUCCAGCAAUAUUACCGCAGCUACAAGGAGCUCGGCCGGCUGAACCCACGCACCCGGGCCACUGCAGCUGCACUGGUACAGCACAAACUCAGAAGCAGUUUACUGACCAAGAGACAAGACCAAGCUGCUAGAAAAAUCAUGCGAUUUCUACUGCGGUGCCGUCACAGCCCCUUGAUGGACCAUAGACUAUUCAAACGGGGGGAAAGAAUUGAGAAAGGCCAAGGAACAUGAGAGCACAGCGGAGAGCCCCGUCGCAGUGUAACAUCUAACAGACUCUUCCUCUUCAUUGUUUUUACAAGAGACAAUUUACAAAAAAGGCAAAAAAUAUUUCUGAAGCCCAAAAGAAGAGCGACGGUUGAAAUGCGACGGUUGAACUCUGUUAGCAGUGUGACUGAUCCUGCUAAAGCAUUGUGUAUUUUUCUCGCUACAGGGGACCUAAUGGAGACUAUUGGGAAAAUAUGACAUUAUCUUCAUGGCAUUUUUGCACUCUUCAUAGAUUUUUUUUUUUUUGAUGAUGAAAAAUGGAACGAAGAAGCAAAGGCUUUUUUUUCUGAUGACGCUUGUACAUAAUCUUGCAAGAUGAAUGAAGGAAACCAGAAAUACAUCAUGCUGGAUGUUGCUUCAGAUUACAUUUUUAUAUUUUGAAAGGAAAGAGAUACAAUCAGUUUGAGAAAAAAAAGAACAAAAUUUAUAAAAUGUAAACCAAAAAAGGCCUCAUUUCAUUGACCAUAUGCAUGCAGAGUAUUUGAAAUUGAUCCAUCAUCUCCACGAACCUAUGUUUUCGACAAACGCUGUCUGCUCAUUCAAAGGGAGCGCCUUCAUAUGAAUGUAGAUGGGGUCAGGGCAAAAAUGCUGGGUUUGAAAUAUCAGUGUCUUACUUUUUUGUCUUUAUUGGGGUUAGGGUUCUUUUGGCGAUGUCUUUUGGGGAUCGAAACCGAAUCUCCUUGGGUUACCUGUUUUGUGUGCACAGUUUUUGAUUUUCUAUGGGUCCUUUUCUUAAUGUCAUUUUUCGCUGGCCUGACUUUGUGUGUCCCGUGUUUGUUGAAUUGAAUACAGUGCAUGUGUUUGAGCAAAAUGCUCCUGCAUGCUUACGUAAAUGUUUUGUGAUUUAUAGUUUGUUUGUUUGUUUGAUUUAUUUUCCAAUCAUUCAUAUUGGUGAUAUUGUGGCACCGUCAAACUAGCGCGUAUAAACCGAACCCUUUGUUGCCUGUUUGUUUCAAAGUAUAAUGGUAUAACGACAAUUAUAUGUUUAUUUAAUUUAUUUAUUUAUUUUAUUAGCAUUGGUUUGCAUUUUACGUUUUGUACUUGGUUUUAGAUAACCUCUUAUUAAAAAUGGAAUUUGUGACUUUUUUUUUUUACGUGAUAUGUAUUAUCAAUUGUGCCACAGCGCCAAAUGUAUUUGUGAAGGUUAUCUUCCAUUUUUGUGUGUGUGUGUGCGUGUUGUGAUGCGUUUUUUUAUUGUAGCUGUUUGUUGAUUUCGAAGAAUUUUGGAAAGCUGUGAUGAGCUUUUCCGCGGAGAUUCGCAACACAUUGCCUUGACUUCUUGACUUUUUGAAGGGUCCCUAUACACAAACUUAAAAAAAAUAUUUUUGACUAUUGAGUGGUCCCUGUACAUAUCGUAGAUGGGUUACGGAACAUUGAUAGCCAGAACAAUUUUCCGAAGAGGAUUGUAUUUAAGAAUAUAUAUUAUUUUAUUCAUGAAUUGGAUAAGAACACAUUAAGAGACAAACAAAAAAUAUAUUGUAUAGUUUUCAUUCAGCGCCCAAGAUGUACGGUUGUAUUGUUUGUAAAUAAUGUAAAUAUCGGACACAAAGAAGGAGCCAUGUGCAUGAAACUUUAUGACACUGAACAUAAUGUAAAGAAAAAAUGUAGUGGCAAUGGUCUGUAAUUGAACAGCUUCACUGCAAGACUACUUUGUUGAAAAUGUUUGCAGAAGAUUAAAGCAUGACAUUGUUGCAAAAUCAUGAUAAAAAUAUAGAUUUAGGGAAGAGCCAAACAAAUUCAUCGGACACAACUGGAUUUAUUUAUUUUUCCUUUUAGGGUUAGCCAGUAUUAAAUAGUAUUUUGCCAAUGGUGAUCAGUCAUCAACAGGAAAUAAAUAAGAUAUUACUUCCUGAGAAGUAUAGAGUCACGGUAUUGGAAAAAAUUGUAUUGAACAACCAAAACUCAUUAGCGCACUUAAACAGCUGAGGUUUCAACGAUACAGAGGAUAUGAUGUCUUAUUCUCACCACAAUUUUGUCCUGUGCAACAUGACUAGAAAGUGUUUUCACAAUUCAUCAUCUCCUAAAAUUCAGAAUGAACAAUGGUAUUGAUGAGGAUGAGUCAGGGGUUUUUAAAAUUGAGACUUAUCUUCAAACAUGAUGUAAAAGUAGAACCUUGUUAGAGGUUCGUAGGCUAUAUAUUUAUUUUAAGCGCACAAUUUCCGCUAAAAUAUAUAAUUUAACUGGAAUUAAACAUUAAUGCUAUGAAAUGGCAUAAAUCGGUCAUUAUUGUUAUUUUGAAUGUAGCUCAAAGACCAAGACGUACAUUUCGGCUGUCAUCAGACUAUCAUUGUUCAUUUUACUCUUUAUUCAUAACUUUAUUUUAAUUCAUUAUUUCUGGGGGGCUGCUACCAACAUUCGAAACCCCAAGGAUGAGUCACACAGUCAUGUGAACUUUAUUUUUGUUCUUCUAUGCUUUUCAUUCGUGAAUACUUUGAGAAAUGUGAGUCUCAUUGAGCAUUUUAACUUACACCAGCACAUUUUAUCUGUUCAAAAGAAGAAAGAAAGGAAAGAAUGUGGUGCUUAUUUGCUGAAUUAUUAUGUAUGUAUUUUAAAGCUUCUACCCCGUCACAUUGCAUCAGAUCGUACUUUUUAACUUUAUGUUAUAGUUAAGUUAAAAGGUUUGGGUGGUUACUUUUAAGUUUACAUUUUCCUCAUAUCUCAGAGUCUCAAUAUCAGUAUUCUUAUAGAAAGUGCCUAAAACAUUCCACCAAUAUCAGGAGUGUGUUGUUCCUAUAGAUGGUCAGUAUUAACAGAUUCCUCAUUUUUAAUGGUAUGCAAAACUAUAGGCUGAUAUAACUGUCCAAACUGGAAGUACGUCACCUCAGAGCCCAGAUUUGUUUCCUCCUCUAACACCCUUUUCACUCUUUAAAUGUGGACACAAUGUAUAGGCACCUAUCAUUUCAUCUUCAAUUCAUACUUAAAAUUUUGUCUCCAAAUUUUGUUUUUCAUGAUGUUAAGGAGAUUUAUAGUAUUUAAAAGUCCCAGUAAAACACUCACUAUGCAUGUGUUUUGUUUUGUUUUUGGGGGGAGGGGGGUUAUUUGGAUUUGUUUUCAUUGUGUUUUGUUUUGUUAAACUGGGCCCAGAAAGUAGGACAUGCUCAGAAUUAUUUUACAUUUUUUUUACAUUUUUUGUUUAAUUUUUUCGUUCCGUUUACUUUUUUGUUUUGUUUUUCCAUGUUGAAUAUAAACUUGGCCAGGAUAGUAGGACAUGCUCAGAAAUGUGGACACAAUAUUUAAUUUCAUCACAAACCAUUGCAAAUAUUUAGACAGAGGUAGAGCACCACUCCUUGUGAAAGUUGGCCACAAAGUAUAUGAUUGUUCCGUCAUGUCCAUUUUCAGAAAAAUUAUAUUCUUCCAAUGUUGCAACUGUAAAUUUCAGGAAAUUAUAACUCAUAUAUGCAUACAGAUCAACUCGAAAAUCAACAGAAAAUGUACUCACUAUACACUAAGCUGUUUAUGGAUCAUCAGGUAUAUGUAUCACAGAUGAUCAGUAACUUUUUUGGGGGGUCCAUCUUAGGGAUCAGAAAAGUCUGCCUCUCUUUAGUAGUUUUACUCAGGGUGCUAAAACAGGGAGAGGGUUUUAAGAGUGGAAACUAGAUUAGGUUAGGUGAAGUCUCCAGGAAUAGCUCAGAAUCAACAGGAGAAACCACUGGUAUUAUAUACUUCCGUUUGUGCAUAAAUAACUACAAUGUUCACUUUGUUACAAACCACUGCUUUCUGAAAUAGACUUUCACUCGGGUAACAGGAUCGACCAUGUAUGUUCAUUUUGUUCAUGUUCAUUUUUCCAAAACUGAGCAGGUAUCAUCAUUCGUCUAACACUCAUUUAGUAUUUCCAUACCCCAUGGGAGUGGGAAUGCAUGAUAAGUAUACCUCAGUGUCAAAUACCUUCAGAAUAAGGUGGAUAUUUUAUCCUUUUAUGAAACAGCUCAGAACACAUGCAUCCUACAUUGACUGGUUCAUACUUUUUUGUUAGAUGAGAAAAUGCACUUUGUACAGCUCACCAUCCUAGUUUAAUUCCCUCUUCGAACCCUGGUACAUUAUUAAUCGUGUGUGUGUGUGUGUGUGUAUACGGUCUGAAUGUAUGAUGUUUACUUUCAAUAUGGGCACACACAUAAAAGUUUAGCUAAAUGAGGGACUAAAACACUGUUGGUGCAGUUGGAAGUUUGUACGAUCUCCUAAAUCCUGUUUCACAACUCUGGAACACUGGAAAUGCAGGUUAGAUUUAAACUGAACUGAUAAACCACUCGACUAUAAGCUUUCACUCACAAAUACAGAGCAAUAAACACUUUGUUUUUAGUUGAGCUCUUUAGGUUGAAAGAAUAUGGAUAAAUCAAACAGAACAAAAAAACAAAAAAAAUGAAGAAAAAAAAUAGAAAAAGACAAAAACAUUGGGACAUGCUUAGUUCACUUCCUCUUAUGCAAUUGCAGGUUCACAGAGAAAGGAGUUUGGUAGUCUGUGGACAUUAAUUUCAUAUUUCCCGGCCCUAAUGCACGUUUUCAUCAUUUUAAAUUGAAGAUAAGAAAAAAAUAGAUAAAAUACGAGCUCAUGUUUCUUACAGAGCAAUGAGCUUUCAACAAACUGCAUGUGAAGCUAGUGUUAGACCUCUGUUUUCCCCUUCUCUUUCUCUUUCUCUCUCUCUCUCUCUCUCUCUCUCUCUCUCUCUCUCUCUCUCUCUCUCUCUCUCUCUCUCUCUCUCUCUCUUUCUCU